AACAGGAGCGAGAGAGGAGAGAGAGAGAGGGAGGAAAAAAUGAAGCAGACCUUAAAAACUCCCCACAAAUGAGUGUUUACCUCGGAUGAGUACGGCGGCCGCAGCGGAACACCGGAGCUCGGUUCGUGUCGGUCGACGGACACACAGAGAGAGAGAGAGAAAGGGAGAGAGAGAGAGAGAGAGUAAAAGAGGGUGAACAUAUCCGAGGGGAUUAACGUACAACAGGACUCCAACAGUAUCCGGAUUACUCGCUGGAGAGGAAAGAAAAAAAGGGAAACCGAGCGGACAUUUCUCGGUGCAGAGAGGAUGAGGUGACCGCCAGGAAACGGGAGGAAAAAGUGGUCGAAGUUGGACGCGGAGGAGGAGGAGGAGGAGGAAGAAGAGGAGAACCGGGGCCUGCAAGGAGAUUUAUUUAUUACACGUUUGUCGUGUAAAAAAAAAAAAAAAAAAAAACUUGGCUUUUUUUUCCGAUGCUGUUAAAAAUAAAAUAAGAAGCGUCGGUGUGUGUGUGUGUGUGUGUGUGUGUGUGUGUGUGUGGUUGGAGCCGAACUAUCUCCGCCGUACGGUUCCUCCGACACCGACUGGCUGCUCUCCACCGGAUACUAACAGCGCAGGAGACCGACCGGCUGCUUGUGCCGAUGCCAACGGCAGACUGCAGGUUGCUCCAUCAUGGCCGGAUCAUGAGGUGUCUGACUUAUCUCCUCCUGCUCCCAGAAACGCUGAAAAAGUCCAAGAAGGUCGGCAAGCUCCCGGUCCGGCUGCCGGUAUGUUAUGAGAUCCUGACUCUGUCCCUGAAGAAGAAGCAGCAGCAGCAGCAGCAGCAGAAACAGAAGGAGGAGAAGAUGGCUGCGGAGUUGUACCCCGCCAACAACACCACCAACAACCUGUCCAACGGCACCACGGUGGCGGCCGACACCGAGAAGACCAAGGAGCUGCAGGUGAGCCAGGCCAGCAGCAGCGGCAGCGCGGCGACCACCCCGACCACCCAGCAGAACAUCAACAACAACAACGUGGAUCCACCCAGCUGGCAGUGCAGCCACCCCACGCUGAGAGAGAGGAACGCCUUGAUGUUUAACAAUGAGCUGAUGGCCGAUGUCCACUUCAUCGUCGGCCCCUUGGGGGGAUCGCAGAGGGUUCCAGCACACAAGUAUGUGCUGGCCGUGGGAAGCUCGGUCUUCUGUGCCAUGUUUUACGGCGAUCUGGCGGAGGAGGAGUCUGAGAUCCAUAUCCCAGAUGUGGAACCUGCUGCUUUUCUAAUUCUGCUGAAGUACAUGUACAGCGAUGAAAUCGACCUGGAGGCGGACACGGUGCUGGCCACCCUGUAUGCUGCCAAGAAGUACAUCGUCCCCGCGCUGGCCAAGGCCUGCGUCACCUUCCUGGAAACCAGCCUGGAGGCCAAGAACGCCUGCGUGCUGCUCUCCCAGAGCCGCCUGUUCGAGGAGCCCGAGCUGACGCAGCGCUGCUGGGAGGUGAUCGACGCUCAGGCCGAGCUCUCGCUGUGCUCCGAGGGCUUCUGCGAGAUCGACCUGCAGACGCUGGAGAUCAUCCUGCGGAGGGAGACGCUCAACACCAAGGAGGUGGUGGUGUUUGAGGCUGUGAUGAGCUGGGCCUCUGCGGAGUGCAAGAGACAAGGUUUGGGGCCCACAACCCGCAACAAAAGAGAUGUCCUUGGCAAGGCGCUGUUCUUAGUGCGCAUCCCCACCAUGAGCCUGGAGGAGUUUGCCAACGGGGCGGCGCAAUGUGAUAUCCUGACACUGGAGGAGACGCACAAUGUGUUCCUGUGGUACACUGCGGCUAAAAAGCCCAAACUGGACUUCCCCUUGACUGCGAGGAAGGGUUUGGCGCCUCAGAGGUGCCACCGCUUCCAGUCCUCGGCCUACCGGAGCAAUCAGUGGCGCUACCGCGGCCGGUGCGACAGCAUUCAGUUCGCGGUGGACAAGAGGAUCUUUAUCGCCGGUCUGGGGCUGUACGGGUCGAGCGGCGGCAAAGCCGAGUACAGCGUCAAAAUCGAACUGAAGAGACAGGGGGUGACCCUGGCGCAGAACCUGACAAAGUUCGUGUCGGACGGGUCGAGCAGUACGUUCCCGGUGUGGUUCGAGCAUCCUGUUCAGGUGGAGCAGGACGCGUUCUACACCGUGAGCGCCGUGCUGGACGGGAACGAGCUGAGCUAUUUUGGCCAGGAGGGCAUGACAGAGGUGCAGUGUGGGAAGGUGACAUUUCAAUUCCAGUGCUCCUCCGACAGCACCAACGGGACCGGAGUACAGGGAGGACAGAUCCCAGAGCUUGUGUUCUACGCAUAAAGCUGCUCUGGACUGCUGAUGGGAAAAUUAGGUUCAUCCUCGCCUCCCAGCCUUCAAAGUAAUGUAGCAUUAAAGACACUCGACUAAUGUCACACUAAAUGGCCUGGUUAGUUCUUUGAGAGACUAUUUUAAAAGCCAAGGAGCUGUUGUUUUAUCUUAUUUAAUUUAAUGUUAUUUUUUUAAUUUAAUUACUGGGUUAACGUUAUUUGCUCUGAUGCCUGUGUUAAAAGGCUGCGGCUGCUGUAGAAACAACAUUAAUACAGUGAUUUGUGGUUAUGUAAUCAAGCUGAGCUACAAAACUGGAACAACUAGGGACCGCUUUAAAAUUGUGUAAUUGCAAGUCUAUAUACAAUGUUGUUACUAUAGUCUGAGCAGCAAUACUUCACGAGGAGCGACCUUUAUGUAGUGUUAUGAUUCUAAAUGCAAAAAAAAGUAGAAAUCUUGUCGAGAGCAGAGUUGUUUUGCACUUCAGAGGAUGGCCUCAGAAACGUUGUGUCUUUUGUAAAAUACAAAUUUAACUGUUAACAGCUUGACGCUGUUAAAGAUGACCAGAUGUGUUCUGUACAAGAAUGCUUAUACACCUGAUGAUAAAACAUAAAGGUUAUAAUGUGAUUGAA